AUGUUCACUGGUAGACAACCAGCUAUAUUAAGGAAAUUAGGAUUGGUAAACUUACAACUCUUACCACGACUACAACUACGUACCUACGCUACCAGCAAAUUAGCAGUACCAAACAAUCAGAAAAUGACAGAAGCACCUUUCAAAACCUUAUUUGAAAAGAUUGAUCAGCUCGGUCCCCGGUUCAUCGAGCAUCUUUCUAAUGCCGUAGCCAUCCCUGCAGUGUCUGCAGAUGAAAGUCUCAGACCGAUGGUCGUGAAGAAGGCAGGAUUCUUUAGAGACCAGCUCGAGCACCUCGGGUUCCAAGACAUUCAGAUGCGUGAACUAGGCGUCCAGCCUCCUCCUGUGGAAAACCCAAAGCUCGAGCUCCCUCCUGUCGUGUUGGCCCGUUACGGAACAGACCCUGCCAAGAAAACAGUGCUUUUGUACGGCCACUACGAUGUCCAGCCUGCAGCGCUGGAAGACGGAUGGCUCUCGGAGCCUUUCAAGCUGGUUAUAGAUGAGGAAAAACAGCUCAUGCGCGCCAGAGGUGUCACGGACGACACCGGACCUGUGCAGGGCUGGUUGAAUGUCGUGGACGCCCAUCGCGAGCUAGGACUCGAAUUGCCCGUCAACCUUGUGGUCUGUUUCGAAGGCAUGGAAGAAUCCGGUUCCAUUGGGCUUGACAAACUGAUUGCAGACGAGGCAGACAAGUACUUCAAAGGUGUCGAUGCUGUGUGCAUUUCGGACAAUUACUGGCUGGGGACCAAGAAACCGGUCCUUACGUACGGUCUCAGAGGCUGCAACUACUAUCAGAUCGUAGUGGAGGGUCCAGGUGCCGAUCUCCACUCUGGUAUCUUUGGAGGUGUUGUUGCGGAGCCAGCUAUCGACCUAGUCAAGGUUUUUGCGUCCCUUGUGGAUUCCCAGGGGCGUAUUCUGAUCGACGGCGUUAACGAAAUGGUCGCACCAGUCACCGAAAAGGAAAAAGAGCUUUACGAGAAGAUUGAUUUUACUCUCGAUGAAAUGAAUGCCGCAUCGGGCUCUGAAACCUGUCUGUACGACAACAAGAGCGAUAUCCUCAUGCACAGAUGGAGAUUUCCCUCACUCUCGAUUCACGGUCUUGAGGGUGCAUUUUCGUCGCAGGGCGCCAAAACUGUCAUUCCAUCCAGAGUCGUUGGUAAGUUUUCAAUCCGUACUGUUCCAGACAUGGACUCUGCCACGCUUGACAAGCUUGUAAUCGACCACUGCAACAAGGUGUUUCAGUCUUUGGGUUCGCCCAAUACCUGCAGAACUGAGCUCAUCCACGACGGCGCUUACUGGGUCUCGAACCCCUUCAACGCUUCUUUUACAGCCGCUGCCAAGGCUACAAAAGCCGUUCAUGGCGUCGAGCCAGAUUUCACGCGUGAAGGUGGAUCUAUUCCAAUCACUUUAACGUUCGAAACUCAGCUCAAAACUGAUGUCAUGCUACUUCCUAUGGGCAGAGGUGACGAUGGUGCCCAUUCCAUCAAUGAAAAACUCGACUUGAGUAACUAUUUCCUGGGUAUGAAAACAAUGGCAGCGUACUUGCACUAUUACGCGGCGUCCGAAACCAAAUAG